GCUUCUCUCCCUUGGACACGGCUCUCACUUCACUUACUGUCUCAUCUCUUACUUGCAAUUUCCAGUCUCUCCUCGUCUGAUUCCCAUUUUAGGAAGUGGAAUGAAAUAUUUUGCUGCUUAAUUGAGUUAGCAAAUAUUUUCUACUUUAAACUUCUUCUUGAUUUUAUUCUUGAAAUCUUAAAUACAAUUUCGUUGCAGGUGCAAAAAUACAUAGUGACUGGAAAAGAUGACAAGCCCCGUACCAUUGAUCCGACCAAACGACAAGGAAUUGCUGCUUCUUUUAAUAGCAAAAAUAAUGAACGGCUACGAUGACCCAAGAAUCCCUGUAAUUAAUAUCAACGAUCAUGAGCCUCGGGUGUUACCUGGGCUUUCAGGAGUAAUAAACUCAAGUGAUCGAGAGUGGUAUUUCUUUCGUCCUCGCCAAGAAAUAAACAGGAGGAAAACGGACGCUGGAUACUGGAAAGUUACCGGCUACGGAUCGAAGAUUAAGGAGGGACGGGAAGAGAUAGGUACAAAAACAAUAUUGGUUUACCAUGAGGGUCGUACUCCUACCGGAGUAAGGACCAGGUGGAUCAUGCACGAAUAUGAUGCCACUUGUUUUGCAGACCAACUGCGCACUUUUAUUCUCUGCAAAGUAAUGUAUAAGUCAGAUGAUGGUGGUCAUUUGCCAAACUAUAAUGAAUGUGAAACUGUUUACACUGGUUCUGAUUUAUAUCAGAUGGAAAAUUAUUCAACCUUUGGUGCUGCUGAAACAAACUGGUUUAUGAAUUUUGAAAAUCAAGCUACAAUCGAUGGGAUUCCACAACAGGAAGGCAAUUCUCCUGAACUGGCACCAUUUCCGGAAUCAAUUGAUGUCUGGAAUGACCUGAAUUACACAUCAGAUUGGCCUGUGCCAGCAGCAGAAGAGCAAAGCCCAUUUUAUGAUAAAUUUGGCUAUCCCAUGUUCUAUGGGAACAAUUACUAAGUUUAAGUUUAUCAAUGAACAGUGAUGUUAGAACUAAUAUACAUGCAUAAUAAGAGACAGAUCAUCUAUGAUGUUUCAUCUCUGCAUCGAGUGCUUGUUUUAAUUCUAGUUUGUUAUCAGGACCUAAUAGUUCGUUCUACGAGCUUUCUGCACUUGUGUUUUCCAUGUUCUGCAGGUAAUGAAUAAAAGCCAUGUUUCCUAGUUUUUGGUA